AUGACCGGCUUCUCCAAACUACUGCCAGCCGUGCUCAAAUUUCGAGCAGCAAUCAACCGAAGAAAGCGCGACGUCCCCGAUUCCUCGUCGUGGCUAGAUCUUGACAACCAUGCUGAUCCCCCCCUCGUUCCAUCUCCCUGGCCCGUGCCAGUCGAGAUCCAAAUCAAAAUCUUUGGGUACUGCGGCACCGCCGACUUCUUGUCGCUCAAGCUAGCUUGCAAAGCUUUCAACGACAUCCUGAAUUCAAACGAACAUGAAGUGGUUCGUCAAUUCCUUCGCCAGCGCCGUCACGGUACCCUCCCUUCUCCCAUCGACAACGAACGAAUCUAUACCCGAAACCCGGAAGACGAUGAGGUGCUUCUGUCAGACUUGUUCCCACCAUCCAAAAGCGCCAGGGGAGGGCACCUUUACACCUUUAGAUACUUGUACACUCUGCGCCAGAGGCAGAAACAAUGCUCCAGGCUCUCCUACUAUCUCGCCGAUCGGAUUAUGGAGCGGUUUGUCCAGACUGAGGACAUCUUCCUCCGAACCUCAUUUCCCACGAAGAGAGCCGACCGGACUGCUCUCGUGAAACGCGGCAAAGGCAGUAUAUGGUUCCAUCUUGCGCCGCUCAUGUAUUAUAUCCUCUACUUCCUCGAAUCAUACGCUUCAGCCAGGCGGGAGCAUUUGAAUAUGCUCUUCCGGGAUCACGAGGCCGGCCGCCUCUCCGUUCCUAUUCCGCUAGAAGUGCGCCAAAGCAUGUACCGUGAGCUCCAGAUCCGAAUCCUCCAACAACCCCCUUUUACCAACACGAUGGCACUGGUUGCCACCCACCACUGCAUGCAUCUUCUCGUCUCCUACAUCCGGUACACAAUGGCCCCGGAAUCUGAAAUAGACGAUUCCUGGAUCAGCUCUCUCCUAACCGUCUCGCCAUUCGGGCGGAUCGUCGAGUUCUUCUCUGCCGAAAUUGGGGAUGGGGGUGAUCAGCGGAGGCAGCGGAAGGAUUUCAUGAAUAAUUUCUACCGGGAUACCAAAGCGCAUGAGAAGAAUCAGAUGAACUCUGUUAUCUUUGGGCGCGCUUUGGACCGGAGUAUGCAUAGCUCUGUGCGCGAUCUCUGGUUUGAUGCUGCCACUAUAGAAUUGAAUGCUCGACGGGCAAUGCCUCAUGAUUCAGAGGGUGUCUGGCGCUGGGGUGGUAUUCCUAUUUUGUUUGGAUGUCCGGAUUGUUAUUCUGUUGAAGGAUGGCGGGCAUGA